AUGCGUUUUCGAUGCUUCACCCCUGGCUACUUCCGGGUACUCCAGAUGCAAGUAGAUGGGGAGCUAAAGGCAGAGCCCCGGCGGCCAUUGGCUGGAGUGAUGGCUACACUGCUAGCUGUGUUCGGGCUGAGCAGCUCCUGCUAUGCCGUCUGGAAGAUGAUAGAACAGCAGCAACAGUCAGAGGCCCACAAUGAUUUGGGCAGCCGCUCACCUGGGCUCUGGUGGUAG